AUGGCCAGCUCUGAGAGUUCAGCUGGGACAUCUAGCCUGUCUCAAGCCAGUGAGCCUACUUCUGCUCUUCAUCAACAGAUUCAGGACUCUGGGAUUACUAUUGCCGUAUUUGAAAUCGGACCACAUCCCUCUUCAUGCUGGGGCUCCCUCCCUUCCCUAAAACAAGAUAGCCGAAAAGUAACAGGACCAGAGGCUGAGCAGAAGUUUGAAAAGUUCCUGAGAGAAAUUGGAGAUAUUCUUAACAGGGUGACGGGCUUUGAAGAGAAGAUCACAGAAACAAAGGAACCUUUGGAGGAAACCAUUAUUUCUGAGGAUGUGUUAGAGCUUCAAGAAAAAGUCAGAAGAUUCAGCAAAACAAAUAAAAAGCUACUGAAAAAACUGCUCAUUAACUCCAUCCCAGAGAAAAAACGGAAUGCCAAGAAACAGGAGGUGGACUGCGAGAACCAGACUACCAAGAACAAGGUCCAAGUUUCUGAAAAGGAUUUGGCAAAUUGUUCAGAAGAAAAAAGAGUCCUUAAUGAAACUCAACCAAGUGACGAAGAAGGAAAGUAUGGAUCCCCUCAUGUUCAAGAAGAAAAUAUUAAACUUCUGAAAAACAUGGAACAGCUACUACAAGAAGCAGAACACUGGAGCAAGCAACAUACCGAGCUCCACGGACUAAUCCAAUCGUAUCAGAAAUCUCAGACAGACAGAAAAGAAAGCCUUAAAAAUAAACAAGCCAGUUCCCAAAUGAAACCAAAUAAUGAGGUGUCCAUUAAGAAUGAGCUGGAAGAGCAAGUAAGGAAACUGAACAAGGACACCUAUUCUCUGCACUUGGUGGCCGCUUUGCUGGACAAUGAAUGCCAAAUCUUACAGAAGAGAGUUGAGCUUCUCAAGAAACUCCAUCUGCACCAAAAGGAAACCCCAGUGGAGAAGCUGAAUCACAUAAACCCGGAACACAGCAAGAAAAAAUGGAAGACAUCAGAAACAGAACAAGUAGAAACUGAUAAGGAGAACACGCAAGAAAUGAGGGGCACACUUCAGAAAAAAAUUGGAAUCUCUAAAAGCCUGGAUAUUUGUCUUACUAAGAAAGCUCAUAACAACCAGCUCAAUAAUCAUAUUGCAAGAGGUCUUAUAAGAAAAAAAAGGCCGUGCAGCAGCUUGCAAUAG